UGGAAUGUAUGUCCAAAUGAUUACACAACACAACUCACAGUCUUUCAGUUCUCAAUACUCAUACAUAUUACAUUCAUACUUCCAAACCGUUGUCGUUUUCGUCUUCGUUCUCUUCAAAGCAGAGAUGGACCAAACAGGUACUGAAUUAACAGAAGUCCAUGAGGAUAACCACCCGCAACAGCCGCAGGAUAUCGACAACACUGUGCAGAUUACCGAGCAAACAGGUGUGCACUUGGCUUCAAUUGAUGAGAUGCAGCCCUUAAGCCAACAACAGCAGCAGCAAAUCAACAUUCCAGUUGCUUCACAAGCUAACUCACGGCCACCGCCACCACCAAAGCUACCUCGUUCAGAUCUAUUUAACGGAUCUAGAGAACAAUACCUCAAAAUUGGUGUCCCACUAUAUGAAGCCUCAAUAAAAUGUGACUGGAAAGCUGCGGAAGCCAUUUUUAAAAAGUACCCACAGAUGGAGUUGAUAAGGUGUAGCAUCACUGAAAACGGUGAAACAGCACUCCAUGUGGCAGCAUCUGCUAAAGGUUCUAAACAUGUUGAAGAGUUUGUGAAGAAUUUGGUACAUGAGAUGGGAAGGGGUGACUUGGAAUUGCAAAACAACAAUCACAACACUGCUCUCUAUUUAGCCGCUGCUGCCGGAAACAUUAAGGCGGUUAAAAUUAUGUUGGAAAAGAACCGGACCUUGCUUACAAUCGCUGGUAGUAAAGGAACAAUGAUGCCAUUGUACACUGCGGCCCUGUUUGGAAAUGAAGACGUGGUGAAGUAUCUCUACAACAAUUCCAAGAAGUUGCGAGAUGAUGGUUGGACAACUCAAAAUCGUGGUUGGCUGCUUCAAAAAUGUGUCGAGAAUGAUAUGUUUGAUGUCGCCCUAGAGAUAGUUAAAACUUAUCCGGAACUUAUUACUGGGGACGUACUAGGAGUUUUGGCUCGAAAGCCUGAAGCAUUUCGUGAAACAAAGAUUAAUAUCAUAUCAAGGACUAUUAAUUGGAGUAAAGAUCUCUAUUCCAAGAUGUUUAUUGCACAACAACCAUCUCAAAAUGAGAAUCCAUUUCCUGAAACGAAAUUUAACAUCAUCAAAAGAAUCAUCAAGCCAGUUCCCGAAAAGAAGAAUGCAUUGCCAUUGCUGAAAUUCAUUUGGGAAGAUAUUGCAAAAAAGCCUAAGACUCAAAUUGACAAGAUACUUAGAGGACCACCGGAUUUGAUUAGGCAAGACACCACAACCGUUUCUGGCUGGGCCAUUGCUAUGCAGCUUCAAAAUCUCAUUUCUGAGCAUGUUGCCAAAGUGAAAGAAGAGACUGAGAACAUCAUCACAAGAUAUCCAGAUUCCACUGACCAAGACAAGGUAGAUCAAGCUCGACAACUACAAAAGCUUAUUUUUGAAUGUCUUGUGAACUUGCAUACUGAGACCCAUAAGAUAAUCAAAGGGCCCACUAAUUCAAUAAAGCAAGAUAACAAGCCAAUAUCUAGUAAGAAAGAUCAGGAUUCGGAACUACAAAAUAUCAUUUUGGAACAUAUAUCAAACACGUAUGACAAAGCUCAAAAGUUAGUCAAGACAUUUCGAAGGAAAGAUCAAGCUCCGCUACUUCAAAACUUCAUUUUUGAACAAAUUGAGAAACUGAAUAAAGCAUCCCAGAAAAUAAUCAUAGAGCUGAAACCUGCAAAGGAAACAUACUCUUCUCGGGUACUUUUUAUUGCAGCAGAAAUGGGCAAUACUAAUUUUUUAGUUGAACUCAUCCGUAAGUAUCCAGAUUUGAUAUGGAAGGUAAAUGAUGACAAUCAAACUAUAUUUCACAUUGCUAUCAAACAUCGUCACGAGGGUAUCUACAACCUAUUGUAUGAGAUAGGUGCAAUGAAAGAUUUGAUAACUCCUCUAAAAGAUUUAAAGAAUAACAACAUGUUACACUUAGUUGGGAAGAUUGCUAAGCAAAAGCGACUAGAGGAUGUGUCGGGAGUUGCCUUGCAAAUGCAGAGAGAGUUAUUAUGGUUUAAGGAAGUAAAGAAUAUGAUUCCUCCUUCAUAUAGAGAAAGAGUUAACGAAGAUGGUUUAACACCGCAUGAGUUAUUCACCAAGGAACACAAAGAUCUUGUAACACAUGGUGAGAAAUGGAUGAAAGGAACAGCCAAUCAAUGUAUGAUUGUUGCAGCACUUAUUGCAACCAUAGUAUUUGCUGCAGCUUUUACUGUUCCAGGUGGAUAUGACCAAACGAACAACAAAACCAAUGGUAUCCCGGUCUUCCAUUCUAAGGCAACCUUUAUGGUAUUUGUUGUUGCAGAUGCCAUUUCUCUUUUCUUAUCAUGUGCUUCAAUUCUUAUAUUUUUAUCCAUUCUCACGUCUCGUUAUGCUGAAGAUGAUUUCUUGGAAUUAGUACCAAAGAAGUUGAUUUCAGGUCUAUUAACUCUUUUCAUGUCUAUCACAACUAUGACGAUUGCUUUUGGUGUAAGCUUUUUCGUACUUUACCAUAAGGGUUUGAUAUGGAUGCCAAUACUUAUCUGCGCAUUUGGUUUGCUACCGGUCCUCUUAUAUAUCUGGCUACAAUAUAAUUUGUUUUCAGAUGUAAUUCGGUCGACAUAUCGUUCUAGGUACCUGUUUAAGCCUCACAAACACGUUCUUUACUAUGAAAACCCCAAGGUUUAAACUUUGUUGUUCCCUAAUUGUAAUGGAUUUGUUUGAAUUUGUGUUCUGCAAUUUCAUAUUGAUUAUGUAUUUUUCAGUA